AUGUCGGAGGAGCAACCCAGAGCGCUUGCCAUCCGAUCUAUCCGCGAAUCAAACCCCUAUGUUGGGCGGCAACUAAGCCAACGAGCCAGCCAGUUUCCUCUUCGCUCACAGCUCGUCACCUCCAUGACGGACCGCCUCAAUAACAAUGCCCCCUCCGUCGCCAGCAAGAUCACUUCUCGAGUGUCUGAUUGGGGUACUCUGGAGGUGAACGGAACUUUGGGGACAGUUAUGGCUACCCCCGAUGGACUGCAAGCCAAAGUGUCGUACAGUUGGAGGACUUGGCGGCCUGAUCAUACCGGAGUUGUCGAUACGAAUAUAGAAGCGAGAAUGACUGCUGAUAUGUGGCAGCCUAUUGCACCUAUAAGGCGGGCAUCAACAGGCCCUUCGAGCAGCAAUCCGUGGGAUCCGAUGACAGUGACGGAUAUCGUCAACAAACAGCAUGCGCGAAUUGUGAAGAGAGCCGGGGACAAGGCAAAGCGGGAGUUGAGGUCAAAGAUCACUGAGCUUGAAAGCAGCGCAUACGAUGAGAUGGCUAAGUCUACUGAAGAAGUGCUGGAUAACUUGUAUAACAAGAAUGACUUUGCCGGGAAACUCGACACAGCUCACCACGCGCUACAAUCAAAAUUAUCAGAAUCUUACUUGCCGUUUGUCGUUGCCACCAAGGCGACUGUCCCAGGAGGAAUAGACGGAAAUGGUGACCCAAGCUCUUUCUACUAUUAUACCAGCGGUACCCUCACAAGUGAUGGUCCAGACCAACUCACUUUCAAAGGUACAUACGAGGGCACGGCAUUCCGAGGCGCAGGUGAUGAUGAAGAUGAUGAAGAGGUUUUGGAGCUGUUACCGUGUGACUUCGAUGUCUCGGUAUCACCGGAUGAAGUGAAAGAGUACAAGAGCUAUUUGGCGUCCUUCCAUGGGGCUAUGGAUCUCGAUGAGUAA